AUGCACUCAGAGGUGAACCCAUCUGCUCUGCACGAGGCAGGAUCUUUCGGUGUUGCGAUAUGCGUUUGCCAGACAGAUUCUGACUUGACAGCCGACCUCAGUGAACUGGUCGUGCAGUAUGUCUGCAGGGCAAUAGUUGGGAACAGUCACGCUGUUCGGUAUUCGGAUGAAGUCAUGGUUGUGAACGCUACACUGCUUUUGCCGGAGUCUGGCACGUACCAACACAGUGUUCAGGACACAUAA